CGGCUUCACUCAAUUCAAGUAGCAACAGCACCAUACUACCGGUGUGUGUUUCAGUGUGAAUGUGUGUGUUCUCUGGUGGUUAUUGAGUUGCUUUUGCGAAACCUUUUGGGUUGCUGAACGAACCGGAUCCUGAGCCGGACCGGACCGGGCAGUUUAAGCGGUCGCAGAGCCGAAUUUUGGCCUCAUGCUGCGGGAUGUUUUCCGGCCUGUAACGGGAAGCAGAAGGUUUAGGCGCCAGAAUCGGAGCUUGACAAGAAACAAAACACAAACACGGCUGAGCACAACGCAGAAAUAUCAUUGAAUGGAUUUGGAUUCUGGACGAAACGAAUCAGGAGCGAUGGGAGAAUCAAUGCAGCCGGCUACGCCGAGCCGCCACGAGAAAAGCCUUGGAUUAUUGACCACCAAGUUUGUCACCCUGCUGCAGGAAGCCAAGGAUGGAGUGCUGGACCUGAAGGCUGCUGCUGAUACGCUGGCCGUACGGCAGAAGCGGCGGAUAUACGACAUCACCAACGUUCUCGAGGGCAUCGGGCUGAUUGAGAAGAAAUCAAAGAACAGCAUUCAGUGGAAAGGUGUAGGUCCUGGCUGCAACACACGAGAGAUUGCUGAUAAGCUGAUAGAUCUGAAGUUGGAGCUGGAAGAUCUGGACAGACGAGAACAUGAGCUGGACCAGCAGAGGGUCUGGGUGCAGCAGAGCAUCAAAAACGUUACGGACGACUCACAAAACAGCCCUCUGGCCUACGUGACGCAUCAAGACCUCUGCAACUGCUUUAAAGGUGACACUCUGCUAGCGAUCCGAGCGCCUUCAGGCACACAGCUGGAAGUGCCAAUACCAGAGUCUGUUGUAAACGGACAAAAGAAGUACCAGAUCCAUCUGAAAAGUUCCUCAGGCCCUAUCGACGUUCUCCUGGUAAAUAAAGAUCCAGCCAGCGCCUCUCCGGUCGUAUUACCCGUCCCCCCUCCGGAGGACAUGCUCCAGAGUCUCCCAGCCUCCUCAGCCGCUCCUGCACCGUCUGCUCCCGUCACUGCCCCAACCGCCAAACAUGCAAGCAACAGUACAACAAGUACAGCCGUUAACCAGAGUCCUGCUAACACGACUGCAGCACCCGUCACAGAAGCCUCCAGCACUGCCCCCUCAGACACAUCGGCCAAUCAGAAUACAGCAGAAGACAGCCAACAACUUCAGUCCUCAGCCCUGUUGGACAGCUCUUCAUCGCUUCCCGUGUCCUCGGCUGUCUUCGAGCCAAUCAAAGCGGACCCUUCAGAGUUGCUGGAUCUCCCUAAAGAACUGUCAGAAAUGUUUGAUCCUACUAAAGAAAUCAUGAGUGCAGAUCUUCUGGAAGAGCUCAUGUCAUCAGAAGUUUUCUCUCCACUCCUCCGCCUCUCACCACCUCCGGGCGACCACGACUACAUCUAUAACCUGGACGAGACCGAGGGCCUGUGCGAUCUUUUUGACGUCCCUAUUGCCAACCUUUGACCUUCCACACGCACCUGAUGAGAGUAGCGUACACUCGUAUUUAACAAAAGAAGCCCAUCUUUUAUUUAAAAGGUGUGGCUGAAUUUCAGAUCCAUGUGAAUAAGCUGAUUUUAUGUGUAUAUAGAGCUGUAUGUUUUUAUGUUUUUGUUUUUGCGUUUACCUUCUUGUGAUAACCUUUUUACCCAAAGCAGCGAUCUACUGAAUAGUGGCACAGAACUUGUUCCCCCAGCCCCCCCGGCCACCCACUGUCUCGACCCUGUGCCUGACACCAAGCGUCAGCAUUUUAUUUUUUAAAAGCUGUGCUUUUUAAACAUGUUGAAAACCCCGACGACACUUUGAAUUUGGGUUGAUUACCCAGGAUGAAGACGUUGUUUUAGCUACUUCGAUCAAAUACCCAAUCAGAAACACCAGCAGGAAUACCAGCUCUAAUCCCUGACUUGUGUGUUUUGUUUGUUUGUUUGUUUGUUUUUUAACUGCCUGUCUGUUGAUUAGUAGGAGUUAGUUUAUUGUUGCUUACUUACAGAACAUUUGCAUUUAUCACAUACACAGAUGUUUUCAUCACGUUUGUCUUUGAGCAUCUUAAAGUAUGAGCGCUUGGCUGAGUCCUACAGAGUAGCAAAAAAACAUCCAGUGUAGAGUUUGGUUUCCAAUCUCUAAAUGAAAAAAAGUUUGUAAUUUUUAGAGCUGGAAGGGACGUUUUAAAUAAAAAACAAAGUCGCUGAUUAAAGAUGUUUGAACUGUUAUGACCUGCGUCUAAACGGAAAAUUUACCAUGAAAAACUUUAAAAUUGACUUGAUACUCAGCAGUUUUACACAUUUCUGUGUCGAUUUUAUCGAUUAUGCAUUUCAGUAAUCGAAUCAAUCAAAUGAAUCAAUUCACACUUUUAAAAGUUAACCUAAAUAUUUUCAAAUGAUAAAUUCUCUAAAAUUGACUGAUUCCCUAGAAGUAUACCACAGAUUGGACCAAAAGAGUAACAAAACUGCAAAACUUUUUUUCUUCUUUUUUUUUUUUUUGCAUUUUUGGCAGAUGGUCACUUCUUUUUUUAACUUCAUGGUUGAUUUGAUGCAAUACUGGACUGUAGUAUGACGCAGAAGAUUUGCGGGAAAAGAGGUCAGAUGCUUUCUAUGAGAAAUAACAUAACACAAAUUUACACUGCAUUUUAAUGGCAAAAAGGUACUAUUUUUGGAGGUUUUAAUGCUUUAAAACCCCUACAAGCUAGAUACAAAUCUGACACUAAACAUUAGGGCUAUUGAAUAGAAUAAUCGCAGAGUCAAAAAAUCUACUUGAACGUCUACCUAUGAUUUACAACUCUAAAUAGCAGUUUCAUACAUUGCCCACAAUCCGUUUAGGCUACCUGCUGAUUGUGAGCCAGUGGGAUUUAAUUUCUAGAUAAACACAGGAGUUUAGUCUUUGCUUCAUGUCUUUAUCUGUAAACGCAACUUUACAGACGCAUCUUCCAACUCAAAACAAUUAGCUUCCAAGGAUUCAAUCUAUACAAGGAUUACUGUUAAGAUGUUUAAUGAGAAAUAAAACUAUUGGUCUGUUGUUUGUCAACAAAUUUAACUUGAACUUAAAUCACGACCAGAAUCACUAAGGACAUGCUAAAUACGUAUAUAAUAUGAGCACAUUUAAAACACAAUCCUUCAGGGUGAUGAUGCCCUUGAGGAAAUCAGUCAGGUCUGUGGUGCUUUUUCUGAUCCUUUGGGACGAUUUGAAACUUUUUAGCGAUUAACAGCUUCAGGUUGAAUUAAAUCUCAUCCAAAGAUGUUAAAAAUUUUAAAUCCUCGCUCAAGGACUCAGUGUCUCAGCAGUUCCUCAUCCAAACGUCUGGUCCACUUAUUCUCUGUGGAUUGUGAUCAGUUGUCUUGAGUCCUACUCCUACUAUAUAACACAUAUUUGUAUAUUCAUUUAAUCAUCACUAAACUGGACAGAAUUUAUGGAUUCAUUUUUAACCCAAAACUAACUCCAGGUUUUAAUGUAUGUCUUUUUAGAUUUUUACAUAAACUGUGUCAUUUAAGCUGUUAAUUCUGCAUUCAGUACUCAAACUUUAUUUUUAUUUUUUUCCCAAUGUGCGUAAUCCUUUUCCUCCUUCUGUUAUAUCCAGUCCUAUAGUCUUUCCAUCUGUUAUUCAUUUCCAUGUAUCUAUAUGUAUUUCCACUCAUCCUAGCUUAAACAAGUUUGUACUGUUUGUAUAUGAGCAUGACAAUGUAAAGAAGGAAAUCUGUUCAGCACCACACCUAUAUCUGUAAACAGUUUUAUCACAUCAUCUCCAGAACGUGACCGUUCUCUAUUUAAAAAAAAAAAAAAAAAAAAAAAGCAUUGCGUUUAGCUGAAGGAUAUUUUUAUGGUUGUACACCAUCAUUAUUUUUGUACAGGCUAGUUAGACAGACAACCAUGGUAUGCACAAAGCAGACUCGUUUCUCUGAUGACGACAACACGGUCAUCUCCAUAUUUGCACUUUAAGGCAGUACGAUCACUCUGGGUCUCGUUCAUCCACUCCUUUCUGCUGGACGGAGAGCUUCAGUUCAGCUCCAGGGAAAUGUUACCUUCAACCUUCACUCUUCUGUCUCAAUGCAUUCUAUUGAGGUUAUUUGUAACCGAGUAGCCUGCCAGAAUGGCUAUCUGUAAAAGAAAUAAAUGAGAGUUUUGUAA